ACUGCAUGUAAGCUAUACACAGUAAUUAACUGUGUGAUUGAUCAGGUGCACACACUAUAAACAUUCACUCUGGAAAUCUAUAUAAUGGCCGCUACCUUUAAUGGAUCUGGAGCGAAUGCCUCUCUGUUCUUCGGGAGUAUUAUACAAUAAAUCAGUUUACAGCGUCUAGUCUUUGCAUUAGAGCACACAUUUGUCACAAUCUGCCGCUGUUCGGGUUGCAGGGAAAUAGGAGGGUCCAGGCUAGGGUGGGAGUGAAGUAGCAGAGGGGGAGGCAGCAGCUCAGCAGUGGAGGGCAGGCGGGCACAUGCGGAGAAACGCUGGUACGGAGCGCGCGGCGCGCACUGACGGGGCGCAUUGAUUGACAAUCGGGGCCACUUCGUGCGCUCGCUGCAGCAGCUCAACGCUGCGCCCUCAUCCCGCCGUACACUCCUUGGUUGAGGCAUUGCUGUGAAAUACCAGCGGGGUCCACCUGGUACAAUUCGAAAAGGCUUUGUUCGACCAUCGGGCGACCGCGACGAGGAAAGCACACAAUACCAUCAAUCCAGUCUCUACCCUUUUUUUUAAUGACGAUCCAAGCCUGGACUGGUGUCGUCUCCAACUCUCCUGGAAUCUAGAUGGACUGCAAGGUCUGGGUGCACUUUCCAGUGUGAGGAGAUUUACAAGAAAUUAUUGAAUUUUUUUUUUUUCAUUUUGGAAUAAAAGGACAGCGCCUGGUGCUGUCUGUAUCAAUUUCUGCUUCUUUUUUUUUUUGGCCAACUUCAGUCUUGUGACUGAAGUGCCAAUCCCCGGAUCCUGCAAACACACAUCCCGCGUCUUUAAUUGGAAUUUUUAGACCAGAUUAUACCAGGGAGACUUUGGAGAGGAAUUUAACUUUCAUUUCUGUGCGUCAAUCACAGCGUGUGCGGUGUUGAACCGCAGAAACAGUUCUUGUCUCUCUCUCGUUUUCUUUUCGUUGAAGUGAUUCAGUUUUUUCUCAGAGAAAGUCUAAAACACGGACAAAGACUCAAAAAGCACCGGUUUUUUCUCCCUUGCCUGGAACACACAGGCGGAUCUAAUGCGCAUAUUCUCCGUAGGAUGGUAAAUGACCGAUGGGGAACCAUGAACAGCUCUUCUGAACUCGAAGAUGGUACUCGACAUAAAAACCAGACUUUCUGUGAGUGUGUACCCAGCUCCUCUCAGCUCAAACACCGCUGGUCGGAUUCAGAACCUGCCAGAGAGACCCCAGCCAAGAGAAUGAGCUGCAGCUACCUGAUCUGUACCAUCCUGCUCUUCGUGGCUGUACUGCUGGCUGUCACCGUCACCGGCACCAUCCUUUUCAUGAACCACUACCAGGCCCCACCGAUGUCCGACGGCCUACCCCACAUCUCCACCAAUCAGGACGAAGCUAACGCCCUGGUCACCGUGGAGAGGGGCGACGGCUCCCGCAUCAACAUCUUCAUUGACCCCAACUGCCCCGACUAUAACAGUAACUUUUUGCGCCUGGAGGGCGUGCAGACUUCGCUGCUGCACUCGCUCACCGACCACGACUCUGACCUCAAGUCAGUGAAAGGCCAGGAUCGAGCGCUGCUUGUCAGUCUGGCCGAGGAGGUGGCCAAGCUGUCCGCUCAUGCAGGGCAACUGAAAAUGGACUUUGAAUCCCUGCGCAGGGGUCAAGGCAGCCUGGGUCAAGACCUUAACACACUACAAACUGAGCAAGGGCGCCUCAUACAGCUUCUGUCAGACAGCCAGAUCAACAUGGUGAAGGUGGUGAACUCCGUGAGUGAUGCUCUUAAUGCCAUGCAGAAGGAGAACGUGGGCUUGAAGGCCCGGGUCAAGGCCGACCUGCAGAGGGCACCAGUCAGAGGGGCUCGUUUCAAAGGCUGCUCCAACGGCUCUCGCCCACGUGACUGCGGAGAUCUGUACGCCAGUGGUCAGCGAGAGGAUGGCAUCUACUCCGUGUUUCCGCUUCACCACCCGACAGGUUUCCAGGUCUACUGUGACAUGACCACGGACGGAGGAGGCUGGACGGUGAUCCAACGCAGGGAGGACGGCUCUGUCAACUUCUUCAGGGGCUGGGAAUCUUACCGCGAAGGAUUUGGGAAGGUCACUGGUGAACACUGGCUCGGGCUGAAGCAGAUCCACACUCUGUCUGUCCAGGGGAACUACGAGCUGCGUAUCGAUCUGGAGGACUUUGAAAACAGCACGGCCUACGCCCAGUACGGUACCUUUGGAGUGGGCUUGUUCUCAGUGGACCCCGACGACGAUGGCUACCCCUUGACUAUUGGAGACUAUUCUGGAAGUGCAGGUGACUCUCUGCUGAAGCAUAACGGCAUGAAGUUCACCACUAAAGACAGGGACAACGACCACUCCGAGAAUAACUGCGCCUCCUUCUACCACGGUGCUUGGUGGUACCGCAACUGCCACACGUCCAACCUCAACGGCCAGUACCUGCGCGGUCAGCACACCUCCUAUGCUGACGGCAUCGAAUGGUCCUCCUGGACUGGCUGGCAGUACUCGCUGAAAUUCUCCGAGAUGAAAAUACGUCCCACCCGUGAUGCUGAAAAUAAAUGAAGAAGUAUAAAAGAGAAAAUAUAUAUAAAUAUAUAUACAUAUAAGAAAGUUUUUUGAAGGUAUAAAAAUCAGACAGCUAGGCAGAAUCGUUUGUGUCGAUAUCGUUGAUUCACUUAAACACCUCCUCCCUCCUAAUUCCUCCCAUCGCCGCUGCUCCUCUCCCUCCAUCACCGUACCAGACACGCUGACAACCAUAAUCCUCUCCCCGCUCCCUCUUUUGUGCAUUCGUGACACCCACAUUUUUUUUCAUCCACCAGUUCACAAAAAUUGCAAACCACAGCCCCCAGAGUCCACAGUUCACUGCUGAGACUUUACUCAGCCUGACAUGGUGAUCCAAGCAUCCUUUACUGUAUGUGAUCACACACUAGUGAGUCCCUUCUGGCAUGUUACUCUGACAUCCCAUCUGUGCUGACACGGCACUCAGACCGUCUUACUGCCUAAUCAAAUCUAGGGUUAAAGAGGAUUUUUCUAAAUAUUACAAAAUGACAACAAAAAAAAAAAAA